AUGGGGCUGCCACUAGCUCGUCUGGUGGCUGUGUGCCUCGUCCUGGCCUUAGCCUGGGGCUCGGAGCUCCAGAAAGAAGCCAGAUCCCGAAACCAUGUCUGCAGCACCUGGGGCGACUUCCACUACAAAACCUUUGAUGGCGAUGUCUUCCGAUUCCCUGGCCUCUGUGAUUACAACUUUGCUUCUGACUGCCGAGACUCCUACAAGGAAUUUGCUGUGCACCUGAAGCGGGGCUUGGGCCAGGCUGGGGGUCACCCCCAGAUAGAGUCCAUCCUGAUUACUGUUAAGGACGACACCAUCUACCUCACCCACAAGCUGGCAGUGGUGAAUGGGGCCAUGGUCAGCACCCCACACUACAGCUCCGGGCUCCUCAUUGAGAAGAACGAUGCCUACACCAAGGUCUACUCCCGUGCCGGCCUCUCCCUCAUGUGGAACCGGGAAGAUGCUCUCAUGCUAGAACUGGACAGCCGGUUCCAGAACCACACCUGUGGCCUCUGUGGGGACUUCAAUGGCAUGCAGACCUAUUAUGAGUUCCUCAGUGAAGGCAUACAAUACAGUGCCAUUGAGUUUGGGAACAUGCAGAAGAUCAACAAGCCUGAGGCUGAGUGUGAGGACCCUGAGGUGGUGCAAGAGCCAGAGUCCUGCUCUGAGCAUCGAGCUGAGUGUGAGAGGCUGUUGACCUCCACAGCCUUUGAGGACUGCCAGGCCCGGGUGCCAGUGGAGUUGUAUGUGCGCGCUUGCAUGCAGGACCGCUGCCACUGUCCUCAGGGUAGCGCCUGCGAGUGCAGCACCCUUGCUGAGUUCUCCCGCCAAUGCUCCCAUGCAGGCGGCAGACCUCAGAACUGGAGGACUGCCUCACUCUGCCCCAAGAAAUGCCCUGGUAACAUGGUGUACCUGGAGAGCAGCUCUCCUUGUGUGGACACCUGCUCACAUCUGGAGGUCAGCAGCUUGUGUGAAGAACAUUACAUGGAUGGCUGUUUCUGCCCAGAAGGCACUGUAUAUGAUGACAUCACGGGCAGUGGCUGCAUCCCUGUGAGCCAGUGCCACUGCAAGCUGCAUGGGCAUCUCUAUAUGCCAGGCCAGGAGAUCACCAAUGACUGUGAGCAGUGUGUCUGCAAUGCUGGUCGCUGGGAGUGUAAAGACCUGCCUUGCCCUGAGACUUGCGCCCUGGAAGGUGGCUCCCACAUCACCACCUUUGAUGGAAAAAAGUUUACCUUUCACGGGGACUGCUACUAUGUCCUGACCAAGGGCAACCAUAAUGACUCCUAUGCUCUCCUUGGUGAGCUGGCCCCCUGCGGCUCUACAGAUAAGCAGACCUGCCUGAAGACUGUAGUGCUGUUGACUGACAAGAAGAAGAAUGUGGUGGUCUUCAAAUCAGGUGGCAGCGUGUUGCUCAAUGAGCUGGAGGUGACCCUGCCCCAUGUGGCAGCAAGCUUCUCCAUCUUCCGACCCUCCUCCUACCACAUUGUUGUGAACACGGUGUUCGGGCUGCGGCUACAGGUUCAGUUGGUCCCAGUCAUGCAACUUUUUGUGACUCUGGACCAGGAUGCACAGGGACAGGUGCAGGGUCUCUGUGGGAACUUCAAUGGCUUGGAAAGUGAUGACUUCAUGACAUCUGGGGGGCUGGUGGAGGCCACUGGUGCCGGCUUUGCCAAUACCUGGAAGGCCCAAUCAAGCUGCCAUGACAAGCUAGACUGGCUAGAUGAUCCCUGUUCCCUCAACAUUGAGACCAAUUAUGCUGAGCACUGGUGUUCCCUACUGAAGAGGUCGGAGACCCCUUUUGCCAGGUGCCACUUGGCUGUGGAUCCCACUGAAUACUACAAGAGAUGCAAAUAUGACACAUGCAACUGUCAGAACAACGAGGACUGCAUGUGUGCAGCUCUGUCUUCCUAUGCCCGUGCCUGUGCUGCCAAGGGUGUCAUGCUGUGGGGCUGGCGAGAGAGUGUCUGCAACAAAGAUGUGCACGCUUGCCCCAGCUCACAGAUCUUCCUGUACAACCUGACCACUUGCCAGCAGACCUGCCGCUCUCUCUCAGAGGGUGACAGCCACUGCCUCAAGGGAUUUGCACCUGUGGAAGGCUGUGGUUGCCCUGACCAUACCUUCAUGGAUGAGAAGGGCCGCUGUGUGCCCCUGGCGAAGUGCUCCUGCUACCACCAUGGUCUUUACCUGGAGGCAGGAGAUGUGAUCCUGAGGCAAGAGGAGCGCUGCAUUUGCCGGAACGGGAGGCUGCAGUGCACCCAGGUCAAACUGAUUGGCCACAGCUGUGAGCACCCCAAAAUCCUUGUGGAUUGCAACAACUUGACUGCUCUGGCCACCCGGAAACCCCGCCCCACUAGUUGCCAGACACUGGUGGCUGGCUAUUACCAUACAGAGUGUAUCAGCGGCUGUGUGUGUCCCGAUGAGAAGCUGGAUGAUGGCCGUGGUAACUGUGUGGAGGAGAAGGAUUGUCCCUGCAUCCACAACAAAGACCUGUACAAUCCUGGGGACAAGAUCAAACUGGACUGUAAUAACACCUGUACCUGCCAGAAAGGACGCUGGGAGUGCACCCAGUAUGCAUGCCACAGUACCUGCUCUAUCUACGGGAGUGGCCAUUACAUCACCUUCGAUGGAAAACACUAUGACUUUGAUGGACACUGCUCCUAUGUGGCUGUCCAGGACUACUGUGGCCAGAACUCUACUGGCUCCUUCAGCAUUAUCACCGAGAAUGUCCCCUGCGGCACCACAGGUGUUACCUGCUCCAAGGCCAUAAAGAUCUUUAUAGGGGGAACAGAGCUGAAGUUGGUGGAUAAACACCGUGUGGUAAAGCAGUUGGAGGAGGGACACCAUGUGCCCUACAUCACACGGGAAGUGGGUCUGUACCUGGUGGUGGAAGCCAGCUCUGGUAUUAUUGUUAUCUGGGACAAGAGGACCACCAUCUUCAUCAAGCUGGCCCCUUCUUACAAGGGCACUGUCUGUGGUCUGUGUGGGAACUUUGAUGACCAGACCAAAAAUGACUUCACCACUCGGGACCACAUGGUGGUGACCAGCGAGCUAGACUUUGGGAAUAGCUGGAAGGAAGCUCCCACGUGCCCAGAUGUGAACCACACCCCAGACCCCUGCAGCCUGAACCCACACCGUCGCUCCUGGGCAGAGAAACAGUGCAGCAUUAUCAAGAGUGGUGUAUUCAAAGGGUGUCAUAGCAAGGUGGACCCCACGGUGUUCUAUGAGGCCUGUGUGCAUGACUCUUGCUCUUGUGACACGGGUGGUGACUGUGAGUGUUUUUGCUCCGCUGUGGCCUCCUAUGCUCAGGAGUGCACCAAGGCAGAGGCCUGUGUGUUCUGGAGGACGCCGGACCUAUGCCCCAUAUUCUGUGAUUACUACAACCCCCCCAAUGAGUGUGAAUGGCACUAUGAACCAUGUGGGAACCGCAGCUUUGAGACCUGUAGGACCAUCAAUGGCAUUCACUCCAACAUCUCUGUGUCCCACCUGGAGGGCUGCUAUCCUCGGUGCCCUAAGGACAGGCCCAUCUAUGAUGAGGACCAGAAGAAAUGUGUCACUGAGGACAUGUGUGGCUGCUAUAUUGAGGACACUCGCUACCAACUCAACGAAUCUGUUCCCACUGAGGAUAUCUGCAUGUCUUGUAUAUGCAACAACUCAGAGAUCACCUGCCAUCCAGAUGAAGGGAAGAUUAUUAACCAGACCCAGGAUGGUGUCUUCUGCUACUUGGAGAUCUGCGGCCCCAAUGGGACAGUGGAGAAACACUUCAAUAUUUGUGCCUCCUCCACACCAUCCCCAUCCACUCUGACAAGCUUCACCACAAUCUCCACCACUACCCCCAUCUCUACAACCACAACCACAACCACAACCACUGCUACCGCCACUACUGCACCACAUUGCUGCUUCUGGUCUGAUUGGAUUAACAAUGAUCAUCCUAGCAGAGGUGAUAAUGAUGGUGAUAGAGAGACCUUUGAAAGCGUCUGCAGUGCUCCUGUGGACAUUGAGUGCAGGUCAGCCACAGAACCCAAACUCAGCUGGGAGGAGCUGGACCAGGAGGUACAGUGUAAUGUCUCAGCUGGAUUCGAUUGCAAAAACAAAGACCAGUAUGGAAAAGGAGUAUUUGACAUUUGUUAUGACUAUGAGAUAAGAGUCAACUGUUGCUUCCCAGAGGAAUACUGUACUACUCCAACCAUCUCACCUACAACUUCAACUACUACUUCACCAACAACUCCACCUACCUCUUCACCAACCACCUUACCUACAACUUCCCCACUAACCUCAUCUACAACUUCAUCAACAACCUCACCUACCACUUUAACACUUUCCCCAUCUAGCUCAGCUUCCACCACUACACCAAUGACUUCAUUUACCACCUCACAAACACCUUCAUCAACCACAUCUCCUAACAGUUCACCAACCACCUCUGCUACAACUUCACCAACCACUUCACAAGGAACUUCGACUGCCACAUCACCAAGCACCUCACCUACCAUUUCAUCAACUGUGUCUACUCUAUCCACCACCACAAAACCACCAACUGCAUGCAUCGAAGACUGCAAAUGGACUGGCUGGAAGGAUUCUGGCAAACCCACCUAUGGUCCAGGAGGUGGAGAUAUUGAACUGAUUGAAGAUGCCUGUGAACCAGGCUGGGAAGUAGCUAACAUAUCCUGCAGAUCUCCGAUGUUUUCUGACAAACCACUUGAUCAGAUAGGACAGAAAGUAAUUUGUGACAAAGAAGUUGGGCUAGUGUGUAAAAAUGAAGAUCAGAAAAUAGAAGGGAUGAUAGGAAUGCCCAUGUGUUUCAACUAUGCAAUCAAUGUUUACUGCUGUAAGUGCUUUACCUCCACUCAAAUAUCUACCACCACACAGACAACUGGUCCAACCACCCCUACUACAGUCAAGACCUCAACGACAACAUCAACCACCACAGAGACAACUGGUCCACCUUCCUCUACUACAGUGACACCAACACCACCAACCCCAACACCUACCACCACAGAGAUCUCAACGACAACAUCAACCACAACAGAGACAACUGGCCCAACCUCCUCUACUACAACCCCAACCACAACAUCUACCACCACAGAGACAACAGGUCCACCUUCCUCUACUACAGUGACACCAACCCCAACACCUACCACCACAGUGACCUCAACCACAACAUCUACCACCACAGAGACAACUGGUCCACCUUCCUCUACUACAGUGACACCAACACCACCAACCCCAACACCUACCACCACAGAGACUUCAACCACAACAUCUACCACCACAGAGACAACUGGUCCACCUUCCUCUACUACAGUGACACCAACACCGCCACCAACAACACCUACCACCACAACCACACCAGGACCAACAUCCCCCACCACAAGACCACCCUCCACGUCCACCCCUACAUCCCCCACUGUGCCAAUGUCCACCACAGAAAGUGUCACCCAGACAAGUCUCUCGUCAACCUCACCAACUACUUUGGAGACCACCAGGACCUCAUCUUCAGGGACACUAUCUUCAGUUUCCCCACUCACCCCUCCCAACUUCACCACCUCCACCCAACUUUAUUGCUGCGUUUUGAAUGGCACUUACUAUGACCCAGGUGAACUGAUCUACAACAAAACCCUUGGGGACACUUGUUAUUAUGUUAACUGCUCUGUGGACUGCCAAGUCCAAUUCUUCAAUUGGUCCUGCCCAUCUACUCCCUCAACUUCUAAGCCUUCAACACCGACGUCCUCCCUGACGACCACACCCUCCACACCAUCUACCACAUCUCAAAAGUCUACACCCUCCACAACACCCAAGUCAACACCCACCUCAACAGUCAUAACCACCAGCUCUGGGUGCCUCGACUUUGAUCCUCCCAGACAGGUGAAUGAGACCUGGUGGUUAUGUAACUGUACCAUGGCCAUUUGCAAGCAUGACAAUGUAGUGGAGAUUGUAGAGCUGGAGUGUAACCCCCCACCCAUGCCCACGUGUUCCAACGGUCUCAAGCCCGUGCGUGUCGUUGACCCUAAUGGCUGCUGCUGGCACUGGGAGUGUGACUGCUACUGCACUGGCUGGGGGGACCCGCACUUUGUCACCUUUGAUGGGCUCUACUACAGUUACCAGGGUAACUGCACCUACGUGCUGGUGGAGGAGAUUACCUCCACAGUGGACAACUUUGGAGUCUACAUUGACAACUACCAUUGUGAUGUCAAUGACAAGGUGUCCUGUCCCCGCACCCUUAUUGUGCGCCAUGAGACCCAGGAAGUGCAGAUUAAAACCACACACAUGAUGCCCAUUGAGGUGCAGGUGCAGGUGAACAAGCAGGUAGUGGCUCUGCCCUACAAGAAAUAUGGGGUGCAGGUAUACGAAUCUGGCAUCAACUUUGUGGUGGACAUCCCCAGGCUGGGUGCUCAAAUCUCCUACAAUGGCCUGUCUUUCUCCAUCCGGUUACCCUACCACAUGUUUGGCAACAACACAAAGGGGCAGUGUGGCACCUGCACCAACAAUACUGCAGAUGACUGCAUCCUACCUAGUGGGGAGAUAAUCUCCAACUGUGAAGUUGCUGCUGACCAGUGGCUGGUGAAUGAUCCUUCCAAGCCACACUGUCCCCACAAUGGCUUCACCACCAAGCGCCCAGCCACCACAACACCAGGGCUCUUGCCUAAGAACUGCACUGUGUCUCCUGUCUGCCAGCUCAUCAUGGACAGCCUAUUCUCCCAGUGUCACCCCUUCGUGCCUCCCAAGCACUACUAUGAAGCCUGCUUGUUUGAUAGCUGCUUUGUGCCUGGCUCUGGUAUGGAGUGUGCCAGUGUACAGGCCUACGCAGCUCUCUGUGCCAAUGAAGGUACCUGCAUUGACUGGAGGACCCAUACCCAGGGUGCCUGCUCUGUGGAGUGUCCAUCUCACAGGGAGUACCAGGCCUGUGGCCCUGCAGAAGAACCCACCUGCCAGUCUGGCUCCUUCCAGAAUUCCACACUCUUGGUGGAAGGCUGCUUCUGUCCUGAAGGCACCACAAAGUUUGCUCCUGGCUAUGAUGUCUGUGUGAAGACUUGUGGCUGUGUGGGACCGGACUAUGUGCCCAGAGAGUUUGGAGAGCGCUUUGAGUUUGACUGCAAAGAAUGUGUUUGCCUAGAGGGUGGAAGUGGUAUUGUCUGCCAUCCAAAGAAAUGUACUGGGGGCACCCAGACCACAUGUGAGGAGGAUGGCACCUACCUUGUUGAGGAGGUCAACCCAGAUGACAAGUGCUGUAACAUCACCUCAUGCAAGUGUGACACCAAACGAUGCAAAGCAGAGCGCCCCUCAUGCAUGCUGGGAUUCGAAAUGAAGAUCAAUCAUGUGCCUGGAAAAUGCUGUCCAGUUUACUCCUGUGAACCUAAGGAUGUGUGUGUGCACCAGAAUGCUGAAUACCAGCCUGGAUCUCCAGUACAUUCCACCAAGUGCCAGGACUGUGUAUGCACUGAUACCAAGGACAACGUCACACAGCUCAAUGUCAUCUCUUGUACCCAUGUGCCCUGCAACACCACCUCCUGCAACUCUGGCUUUGAACUUGUGGAGGUCCCUGGGGAGUGCUGCAAGAAGUGUCAGCAGACCCACUGCAUCAUCGAGAGGCCCAACCAGGAGUACCUCAUCCUGAAGCCUGGGGACAUACAGAAAAAUCCCAAUGACAAGUGUACCUUCUUCAGCUGCGUGAAAAUCAGCAACCAGCUCAUCUCCUCUAUCUCCAACAUCACCUGCCCUGACUUCAAUCCCAGUGAUUGUGUUCCGGGUUCCAUCACAUACAUGCCAAAUGGCUGCUGUAAGACAUGCAUCCCUAAUAACCAGACCAGAAUCCCUUGCUCCGCCAUGCCUGUCAUGAAGGAGAUUUCCUACAAUGGCUGCACCAAGAAUGUCUCCAUGAACUACUGUUCUGGCUCCUGUGGGACUUUCGCCAUGUACUCUGUCCAAGUCCAGGAUCUGGAUCACAAGUGUUCUUGCUGCAAGGAGGAGAGGACCAGUGAACGCCAGGUGACCCUGGAAUGUCCAGAUGGCAGUGAGCUGAGCCAUACCUACACUCACAUUGAGAGCUGUCUGUGCCAGGACACUGUCUGUGGGCUCCCGCAGGCCAAGCAAGUCCGCACCAGACGUUCCAGUGCCUGGUUUCUGGGAAGGAAGUGAAUGGGUUCUACCGUGCACAUCCCUCCCCAUCUUGCAUCAUUCUGCUGACUCUCUGUGCUUCCUCCACUUCUAGCUUGACUUCUUCUCUGCAGAUAUUUAUUUUCAGAGUUUCUGUCCCAUCCUUUGCUUUCUGAUAAUAAACUCAGGCAUAGCCA